UGGUAUAGGCAACUGUAAAAACACAAUUUUUAUUAACGCCGUCAGAUGUUGAACUGUCAAAGUUGUCAAAUAGGUUUGUUUUGUAAAUAAUAGCCUUUAAAUAAAAUUAAAGGUCCCGGCUUUUAUGGUUUCUAAUGUCUACAACAAUGCCGGUUAAAAAAAAGGCUGAAAGUUCUACAGAAUCAUCCUCCGGUUCAUCAUCGGACUCUUCCUCAGGCUCCUCAUCGUCCUCGAGUGGGUCUGACUCGUCGUCUUCAAGUGAUAGUGAGUCUUCAUCGUCCCAAGACUCGGUUAAACAACCGUCAGGUCCGGAAUUGAAGAAGACAGCACAGGUACAAAAGAAUCCGAGAAAGAGCACCGAAAACACUGCCCAGAAUAAAACAACAGAGAAACCUGCCGUUAAGGCCAAACAACCCCCUGCUAAAGUAGCAAAGACUUCCAAACCUUCAGAUUAUUCUAGUGUUGAUGAAGAUGAGAAGUGCACCAAACAAUCCAAUGUGAAAAAGAAAAGUAAUGUAAAACCUAAAAGUACGGCCACAAUAACGCCGAAAUCCGUUGUGGCCAAGGCUGCCGCGUCAGUCAACAAACAACCGGUGAAAGGAACAGGCAAAACCCCACCGGUAAAGAAAGACCCUCCAAAAGCGAAAGCCAAGACCAACGCCAAAAACGACGCCAACAAAAAGAAGAGCAUAUUCUCCCCAGAAAACAGCUCGGAAUCCGACAACGGCAAGUCGGAGCCCAAAUCCGGUAAAGCGCCACCUAAAGCUCAAGCUCCAAAGGCCAAACCCGAGCCCAGACCCAAGGCCAAUGCCAGAACUGUGGAGAAACCAAAGGCUGUUAAGAAAGUGGAAAAGCCAGCCCCCAAAUCCAAGGCCAUUAUUAGCUCGGCGAGCUCGGCCUCCUCAUCCACCGGAUCGACGAGCAGCUCGGACAGCGAGAGCAGCGCCGACUCCUCCGUUAAGGAGGAGAGGAAGGUGGUCAAGAAGCCAGUGAAGAAGCCCUCCGUCGUUCCUAAAGACGUGAACUCCGACUCCGACGACAGUCCCAGCAAGAAGCAAGUCACCAGGAAGCUGACCAGGUCCGCCAGCACCAGGAAGUCCAAGCACGUGCUGGGGAAGAACGUUUAUACGGACACUGACUCCGAUACGGAGAGCACCAAGAGGUCUUUGAGCAGGUCACCGGUGAAGCGAGCCCCCAUUGUUACUAAAGGCAAGGCCAAGAACAACAAAAGGAACGACGCCAAGUCCAGAAGUGAGUUGAUAGCGGUGGAAGAACGUAAAUGUCCUCUGGAAGGCUGCGACAGCCUUGGACACCUAUCCGGGAAGUACGACAAGCACUUCACGUUGGAGGCUUGCCCCAGCUACCACAACGUAUCCAUACAACAGUGCAAGGACGAGCUGGUGGACAGGAAGAAACGCGAGGAGACCAGAAAGAAAGCGUUGGAGUUCCACAAGAAGAGCCCCAGGCCGCACGUGACGCAAGAACAGAAGCAGUACUUGAUGAAAAUACGGGACUUGAGGUCUAAGUUUAAGGCGGAGCCCAUGGAAGACGUCAAGCCCAUCGUGGACAAAACCAAAGAGCCGGACUUGACUAAUUUCGUGCCCGAGUACGACCUGAAGCUGUUCAGGGACGCCCAGGCGUUGGCCAGCGAGCGCAUCGAAGAGGACCUGAAGAACCAGCCCAGCACCAAGGGCACCAAGUAUAUUGAAAUGGGGAAGUUCGAGAUGGAGGUCUGGUAUCAGAGUCCCUAUCCGGAGGACUACGCCAGGCUACCCAAGCUGUACAUUUGCGAGUACUGUUUGCGUUACAUGAAGUCGAGGACCAUUCUGGAGCGGCACAUUUAUAAGUGCGUGUGGCGCCACCCCCCCGGCGAGGAAGUGUACAGGAAAGACAAAAUUAGUGUGUGGGAAGUGGACGGUAAACGCUACAAACAGUACUGCCAGAAUUUGUGUCUGUUGGCCAAGUUCUUCCUGGACCACAAGACGUUGUACUACGACGUCGAGCCCUUCUUGUUUUACGUUAUGACCAUGGUGGACAACGAGGGAUGCCACACAGUCGGAUACUUCAGCAAGGAGAAGAAUUCCUUCCUCAACUACAACGUGUCGUGCAUUCUGACGCUGCCGCCGUACCAGAGGCAGGGGUACGGCAGACUGCUCAUCGAUUUCAGUUACCUCCUGACCCGCGUUGAAGGCAAAAUCGGCUCCCCAGAGAAACCCCUGAGUGACCUAGGCUUGAUCUCGUACCGGUCGUACUGGAAGGACGUGCUGCUCCACUAUCUGUGUUCAAGGGCGGGCACCACCUUGUCCGUCAAAGACAUCAGCCAGGAGAUGGCCAUCCACUCCUACGACAUAGUGUCCACCCUCCAAGCCCUCGGCAUGAUGAAGUACUGGAAGGGCAAGCACAUCAUACUGAAGAAGCAGGACGUGCUGGACGAGUACGUCGAGAGGGUGCAACGCAGGGGCUCGCUGCUCAAGGAGGUCGACCCCAGUUGCCUGAGGUGGACGCCGCCGCAACCUGCGACCGUAUAAGUUUGUUCACCUUCACAGUUUUGCUAAUUAAGAUUGUUGCUAUGGAUUUUUGAGCCAUUUUUUUGAAGGUGAAUAAACCGGCUUCUCUUUUAAAAUGGUUUCAUUGAUUUUCUAUCGAUUUCGUUUCGAAACGUGCGAUGCUGUUACAUAAACAGGAUGUCUGUGUGUACUUUUUACUGUUUGCACGAAGAAUUUACAUAAGUAAAAUGCGUUGGUAAUUUUUUAUGACGAUGUUUAAUCGAUUAUUAUUUUUGAUAAUUGACCUCGAAUAGUAUUCAAUGCGAAAGACAAUCAUCAAAUAAUUCUUUUGUUAUUUUUAGCGUGAAAAAGUAACAAUGUUUAUUAAAUUGUUUAACGUAUACAUUUUUUUAUAGAUACUGUUGUAAAUUUAUGUUAUAGUAA